AUGUCUGAGGCUGAGAAGGUCCAAGAGACCCCAAAAGAAGAGGCACCAGCUCCAAAGGAUCUUUUGUUGAAAAUAGUGCUACCUUCCGUUGUAAGCACCGAAGAGAAGGAAAUAUCAAUCUCGUCUCACUAUGAUGAAAGUAUUGCCGAUUUGAGACAAACAUUGAGCGUGUUACCUACGACUCGAAAUUUGACAAACUAUUCGUUAAAUGUCCAUGGUAUUGAUGUUGAUAGUCUUGGUGAAAUUGUUUCGUUUGCUGAAAUCAUUAAUGAAUUACAAUUGGGGGAUGUUGAACAAUUACGGAUGCAAAUCAAAGCCAAGGCGUACAAUUUGGCGUCAGUGUAUGAACAAAUCAACAAGUUCAGAGAUACCAUUGGUCUUCAUUAUAUUGAUAGGGUUGCUAGUGAUAUUGGUUCUCAAGGCGGUGUCUCCAAAUUCAAUGCUAUCAAAUUGGACGAAUUGAAAGUGAAAGAGGAGUCCGAGUCUCAAAAUGGAAAUCUGGACACCCCUGAAAGUAAGGAAUUAACACCAUUAUCGAAAGAAGAAGAAGACCAAUUAAGUUCAAUUGUCGACUCAUUUGGGAUUUCAAAGGGUGUUGAUUUAGUGAGCCAAGCUACGUUUGACAAGGUCAGCGACGUGAUCAAAUUACCUAUCAGAUCACUUAGUGUCUCUCAAUGGUCUCCAGUACCAAAUUUUCAAAAAUCUAAAGGUGAUCUUUUGUAUUUGACUUUGCAAACAUUGGAAAAUGAAACCUUCCACAUUACGUGCCAUUUUUCAGGGUUUUUUGUCAACAAAUCAUCAACAAUGAACUUUAAUCCUGAUAUUAAGGUGAACGAAAAGGGCAAGUGCUUCAAGAAUUUGUUAUUGUUUGAUUUGGUAUCUUCAUUAUCACCUUUAUUUACCUCCACUAUUGUUGAUAAUGAAGUCAAUUUAACUAAAGCAAGUGCUUAUCCAGAAUCUUACCUUUUGCCAUACAACUCUUUCCUUGCUCAUCCUUGGGUUGUCGACGCAUCGGGUUUGCAAAACAUUCCUGAUGUGUCCAGAUCUCAAUUACCAUUGAUUGACAAUGGUGUAGAUGGUUCUGACUUCAUCAAGGAGUGGAACAAUGAAUUUCAAAGUAUUAAAGAACUACCAUCUACCACUUUUCAAGAGCGUAUUGUUCGUGAGAAACUUAUUCAAAAGACAUUGUUUGAUUUUACCAAAUCGGCUACAGAGACUGCAAUGCAUAUAAUCAAGGGGGACAUAACACCAAUGAACCCAACUGAGGAUGAGAGUAAAUACAUUUAUUUGAAAAAUGGAGUUUUCUAUUCUACUGGAGCCUCUACAGUUGACGGGUUUGAAAAUACUGGUGCAGAAGAAGCUUCAAGAUACGUUGCUUCCAAGGAUCUUGCUGGUGUUAAAAUAGUCAAUAGACAUGACGUCAAAGGUUUAUCUACAUUACUCACUUGUGUGGUGGACUAUAUGGGUAAAAGAGUCGUGUGUCAAGCGCCAGUUCCUGGUAUUUUGGACGCUAUAGUUGGUGAAGAAGAAGAAAUUCAAGAAAAAGUCAAGUAUGGUUCUUCAUCAGAUGGAUCAAAAAUUCUUGAAGAUGAAUCAUUCGUUGAACCAUUGAAACAAGUUGGAGAAGUUUUCCAUUUAAAGCCACACAAGAUCAAGGUAUCUGAUGAAAUUCAAUCGCAGAAUGAAUUGGUUGUUUCGAAAGACACCAAAGGAUUAUCAGGCACCGAUGGUAGAAAAUAUGUAAUGGAAUUGUACCGUACUGUCCCACGUGAUAUUGAGUUUAUUGAAUCAAAUUUCAACACUGCGGAUGCUCAAUCUUAUCCCCAUGGAGAGGCUUUGAUUAGACACGAGGCAGUUAAUGAAUGGUGGAAGCGUAAAGUAUCUGCCCUUUUCAAAGCCGAGACCGAAAAGUUGGAAAAGGAAGGUAAAUUUGACGCCAAGGAAGGUGCUGGUGAAGAGAAACCACAAAUUGCAUUACCUACUGAUCAAGUUCUGUUCAAUCCCGAUGCAUUUUCCACUUCAUUCGAUUCGGAAGAAGAUCGGGAUGAAGUAAGGGAAAUUUCGAGAUUCAUCAAGGAAAAGUUGGUUGGUGAAUUUUUGGAUAGUGUCAGACAACAAUUACCCCCAUUUGACGGAAAACAAUUGACUGAGCAAUUACACAGACAUGGUAUCAACAUGAGAUAUUUGGGAUAUAUUGCUGAACAAUUGAUCACUAAGAGAGAGGAAUACAAGCAAGAGCUUGAAAAGAUUGUUUCUGAGAAUGCUGAGUUGACCGCGAAGGCCAAACAAGAGGAAGAGCAAAAGAGGAAAGAAGAGGAGGAGAAAAAAGAAGAGGAGGAGAAAAAAGAAGAAGAGAAGAAAGAUGACGAGAAGAAAGAUGAUGGAAAGAAAGAUGACGAGAAGAAGGAUGAGGAAAAAGGAGAGGAAGAGCCUCCAUCGAAAGCCACUUAUGAGUUAGCGGUUGCCAAUUACAAUGCAACUUAUUUGAUCGCCAUUCAUGAGGUGAUUGCAAGAGCUUCAAAACACGUUUUGAGAAAAUUGGUGAAACUGGUUCCAACAUUCCUUGUACCAUCAGCAGUAGCCCAUUUCCACAACUGUUUACUCGGUGGUGCAAUAACUAAAGAUCCAAAAGUUGACUUGGAUGAAUCAUAUGCUUCAUUUUGCUCUGUUGAGGAACUUUCUUUUACGAAAUUGACCAGCAAGGAUGUUAUUCAGUUGGUGACCAGUGAAGUGUUUGCUAGAUUUAGAUUUAAGUUGCCUGAAAAUUGGAUUGAUGAGGCUGUUCGUAAACAGCAAUUGUUGCGUGAAAUUGCUUUCCAAUUUGGUAUUCAAUGGAAAGCACACAACUAUACAUUCACCAAAGAGGAAUUUGAUGCAGCUCAGGCACAAAUUCAAUUCGAUGUUGCUGAACAGAGACCUACUUCGUCAUCUUCUUCUAAGAAAUCGAAAAAAAAGACAACCGCACCACAAUCUCAACAUGGUACCAAAUCAAUCAAACGCGAAACACCAUUUAUUGCUGAAGAUAUCAUUUCGUUUACUCCAGUUGUUAAAGACUCAUCGUACAAAUCAACCAUUAUUGAUGAAAUUUUUGCCAGUGCUCGUGCUCAAUUAGUUUCUGGUGAUAAAGAAGUUGGAAUGUCAAUGUUUACCGAAUUAGCAGCUAUCCAUGAAUCCAUUUAUGGUAAAGUUAAUCCAGAAACUGCUAAAUUUUAUACUUUAUUGGCUCAAGUAUACCAAGAAUUGGGUAUGGAUUACGAUGCUGCUUUGAUUGGCCGAAGAGCAGUUGUAUUGUGUGAACGAUCGUGUGGAUUUGACAGUCAUGAUACAAUCACCGCCUAUAUGAAUCAAGCAUUUUUCGAAGGUGCAAAUGACUUGUCAACUAACUCAUUGAAAUUGUAUAAACAAGCCAUGGAUACAUGGUCAUUAGGGUACGGAGUCGAUCAUCCGGCAAUUGUCAAUACAUUAAUCAACUCCUCGGAAGCAUUGAUGAAGGCAAAGCAAUAUGAAUCAGCAAAAAUAUUGUUGUUACAAGCUUUAAAGUAUAGUAAAGAAUUAAAUGGUGAAGAAUCGGAAAUCACGGCCUUGAUUUAUUUCAGAAUUGGUAAUGUUGUUGUUUCGGCCGAUAAGAUCUUUCAAUCACAGGAAUAUUUCGAUGCUGCAUAUAGGCUAUUCCAAAGGGUACUUGGCCCAAAUGAUUCAAUGACAAAACAAGUUGGUAAAUAUCAAGCCAAUAUUGCAUUGUAUGUGGAAUAUACUAAAGCUCAACAAGCUAAAGAAAAGAAAAUCGCAUCUUCUUUACUGGCAAAAAAGUCGGUAAAUCAUCCUAAAGUCAAACUGCCAUCAGCCGUUGCUAAUGGUGCUCAUGCAAAUGGUAAAAGUAAUGGACAUUCAAAGAAGGGGCAUGUUGCACCGCCACCACAACCUGAUCCUUCGAUUGCUAAUAAAUCGGUCGAUGAAAUUUUGAACUUUAUUGAGGGGCAUAAAAAGACGUCUUCCAAGAAGAACAAGCACAAGAACAAGAAAUAA